CACACUGGAGAGAAACCCACCUCUGCUCCGACUGUGGGAAGAGUUUCUGUUUUCGUUCGUCUCUGAGAAGACAUCAGGUACUCCACGCAGGAGACAGUGCGAAGCCCCACGUGUGCUCUGUCUGUGGGAAAGGCUUCAGAGAUUCUGGAUACUUAAACAAACAUCAAUCCAUCCAUUCAGGAGAGAAACCUCACCUCUGCUCCAAUUGCGGAAAAACUUUCACGUCCUUCCUUAGCUUAACAAAUCAUUCCAAAUCACAUCGUCUAGAUGGAAACCAAUUCCAAUGCCCUGAAUGUACGCGCCAUUUCCCAACAAAGGAAAGGCUGACAAGCCACCGGAGGACGCAUACCGGGGAGAAACCGUUCUGCUGCUCCCAAUGCCACAAGCGCUUCUCUCAUUCAAAUAGUUAUCAAAGGCACCUUCGUAUGCACUCCGGUGAAAAACCCUUUGUGUGUCCUCUCUGUGGGAAGCGAUUUAAUGACUCUUCGAACCUUAGAACACAUGUUAGAAGACAUAAAGGAGAAAAGGUAGGAAAGACACAGGUCUCUGAGCCAUGCCCUCACUGUGGGAAGAGGCUGGCUUCUAAGGCAGGGUUAGAGACCCACCUGCGGAUCCACACUGGAGAAAAACCUCACCUCUGUGCCAUCUGCGGCAAGCGAUUUACCUUCCUCUCCGCCUUGAGAAGACAUCAGAAAACGCAGCACAGAGAGCAAGUAGCGAAGCCGCACGUCUGUUCUGUCUGUGGGAAAGGCUUCGUGGAGUCUGGAGCGCUGAAGAAACAUGUGGUGACCCAUGAGGAGAAACAGCACCUUUGCUCCGAUUGCGGGAAGAGUUUUAGGGUGCUUCAGGCCUUGUCGAUUCAUCAGAGAACCAAGCAUCAGAAAACAAAUGAGCAAGUAAGAGAAAACAAUUCAUACCUCUGUCUUACUUGCGGCCAGGAAUUCAAUUCGAAGCAUAGAUUGGUAAUCCACGAGAGAAAGCACACAGGAGAGAAACCUUACCAAUGCUCUCUGUGUGGCAGGUGCUUCGCUGAUAAGACUAACAUGAGACGUCACCAGACAGUGCACACAGGAGAGAAACCAUUCCAAUGCUCCGUCUGUGACAUGAAGUUCUCUCAAGUCGCCUCUUUAAUACGGCACCGGCUAAUACACUCGGGUCACAAACCACACCACUGCACUUACUGUGACAAGAGUUUCUCUCAGUCGAACACGCUGAAAACGCACAUACUAACCCACACCGGAGAGAAACCGUACCAGUGCCCCGACUGUGGGAAGGGUUUCACUGAAAAGAAAGCCAUUAAGAAACACCAACACGACACACACGGGACAGGAGCACACAGCAACACACUGCUUUCUCAUAGAGAUUGAGUCAAGACCAGAACCCUCGGGCAAAGCCCUACCGAUGUCCUGACUGAAGAAAAUGUUUCUCGGCGAAAAGAGCUCUUGUGAAAAACCAGAAGGCACACCGGACAGCGCCCCUUAUUGUUUCAUUUUGAUCUGAAGGUUUGAGAAUGUUUUAUAAUAAACAUGUCCUUUUUAAAA